AUGGUAGCAACUAGCAUAUUUUUCAAUCCUGCGGUGUUUGUUAAUGGGAAGUUCUCAAGGACUAAACUUGCCAAAGCAGAAGACUUCUUCUUUUCAGGACUCAACAUGCCAGGAAACACAUCGAAUCAAAUAGGAUCAAAAGUUAACCCUGUCAAUGUUGAACAUAUACCAGGACUUAACACUCUUGGCAUAUCUCUGGUUCGAAUUGACUUUGCACCUUAUGGCGGUUUAAACCUUCCUCACUCAUCGUCGUGCCACUGGGAUCCUAGUCGUCAUGGAGGGUGCACUCUAUGUUGGUUUUGUUACAUCAGAGAACCAUCUCAUCACCAAAGUCCUCAACCCUGGAGAUGUUUUGUUUUCCCAGUUGGUCUCAUUCACUUCCUAUUCAAUGGGAGGAAAACUAAUGCUGUUGCCUUUGCUGGUUUAAGUAGCCAAAACCCUGGUGUCAUAACAAUAGCAAACGCAGUCUUUGGAUCCAAUCCAGCUAUUAAUCCUGAUAUUCUUGUCAAGGCCUUCCAGCUAGACAAGAAUGUGGUGAAUUACCUACAGUCACAAUUCUGGUGGGAUAGCAAUUAG